GCUCAUUAAUAAAGGUACGCCGGUCAUAUCUCAGAAACCGUUAGUCCUACAACUUAGACAAAAAUAUAUUUUUAGGUAAAUCGGAGAGAAGAAAAAGCCGGAAAUUAUGUUUUUGUAAUAUAAAUAAUUAAUUAAAUAAUAAUUAAUUAACUUAAAAAUACUUUUUUACGUAGGUAUAAAAGAUUAGAGAUAACCAAGAGAUGACGUAUUAUGACGGGAUGAUAAUUUAUAGUAAAACGAUUUCGUUCUCUAAUAGCAUUUUGGAUUUAACGUGCAUUCAAAAAAAUUACUUAGUUUAAGCGCAUUCUUUUGUUUUGUUUUCUUCAUCGUGCCGUUACCAUGCCAACCGUUAAGCCUACUUAGUUAUUUUUCAGUUUUCUCCAAUAUUGACAAUACAUGUAAUAUAUUAAUAAAUUAUAUUGACGAUUUAUUUUUUAACUAUUAUUGAUUAUUGGCGAUUAUUAUGGACAAAUUAGGACAAAAUCAAAUUUAACUCUAGUAGAAAAGAUAAGCAUCCCACGUCACGUCUGUCGUCUCUGGUACUAUUACUAUGCUACGAUUAAUAAACUCAUUUUUAUUUAUAUCUCAAAGGGGAAGAAAUAUAUUGUCAUGCCGUUUCUACUACUUUCUGUAUUUUUCAUCUUCGCCUAAAAAAUGUAUACUAUUAUAUGUAAAAUUUUCGACCGGCUCGUAAAAGAAUUGCUAUCAUGACAUGCCAGAAACUAACAGUUCGUGAGAUAUGGUCGGCAUCCUUUAUUAAUAUGCCACCUGCUACAAAGGUAAAAAUUCGACUUGAGUAGUUCUUCGGUUGAAGAAGAAUCCAAAAUACAUAGAAAUAUUAUAUAAAUAAAAUUAAAAUUAGAAUAAUUUGUGAAUUUGGAAAUAAAAUUUUUCUUAAAACUUUCACAUCUUGUAAAAUUGCCACAUACGUUGUUAUUCAGUUUUUUUUCUUCACAUCACUCACCGAUUAAUAAUUAACAGAAUUAAUAAACACCGUAUAUCUAGUACGUCGCCUUUUAAAAUAUCUAAUACACUAAUACAACACUAAUACAAGAAAUCCAAAUAAAUAUACCGGGGGUUCCGUUUCAAAAAGUGGAAAUUGUUUUAAUGUGAACUUCUGCACAUUGUUAAUCGUCUCGUAUAAAAGGAGGGCGAUAAAUUUUCCGACAUCCAUGUUUUUUCCGACCAACGCCGUAUAUUAAUUCAAUCAAGAUGUUUCCCAGUAUAAUAUAGAUUAUUUUUAACCGCUCAAUUAUAUCAAUUAACGUUACCGCCAUUAACAAUUAUAGAUUCAUUAAAUUUAAUUUCCUCAUUUAUCUAUACCGCUAAUAUGAUAGAAAAUGUAAUGCGUUUUCACUCGACAGUAUACCGUCUCGAUGUCGAGUGGUUGUAAAAGUGUUCUCCAGACUUGGUGGGUUCCCUUUCGAAUAAGUUGCUUACCAAGUGAUCCCGUUAUCAAGUUCUGUUUAAUGUAGAGGUAACGCGGAGAGUGGCCCAAUUGUGACGUCAUUCGGUCCCGAUACGUCGCCGUUUUUCCAAUCGUAUCGCGCGUUAUGAUAUAUAAAUGAUACAAGUUCCGGCUAGCUACGUUUUGCACGAAAAUGACUUUUAAACGAUGUUUCGCGCCAUUCGAGCAGAACUGAGUUACCGCACGAGGUAAUCCGCGCUUUCCUUUAGAAUACCAGCGGUUUUUUUUUGCCGCGAGUGUGUAAAACGAUGUAUUACAAUAAACAUUUGCAUCCGCCGGUGACGAAAAAGAUCCAGGAGUUCGGCCACACGAAAGUCGUGACGUAUAUGGACAGAAGCGACUGCGGAGUACACGGGAAAAAAAGCAAGUCGAAAGCAAAUUUGAACGGAAACGUCACACCGUUACAAAACAGGAAUGCUUCGUCGCCCAAAGUCAACCAAAAUGGAAACUGUGACAUAUACAGAACUACUCCAGAAUCUCACAAUCCAGCAUACGAUCAAACGAAGGCGGCACCAAGAAAUGCCACAUCGGAUCACGGCGACGCCAAUGACGCGAACGGUGGAUCGAGACCCAAAUUCGUAGCGGUCACGACCCUCGAAGAUGUCCAAGCGGUGCGAUGCGCAGAAUUCCACCCCGGGGGUCAGUUGUAUGCCGUUGGUUCCAACUCCAAAACGCUUCGAAUAUGCGCAUAUCCCAAACUUGCAGACCUCAGGGAAGACCACCAAACUUAUCAACCCAUGGUUCUGUUCAAACGCACCAAACACCACAAAGGAUCGAUUUACUGCCUGGCCUGGUCCCCAGUCGGCGACCUGAUGGCCACGGGUUCCAACGACAAGACUGUAAAGCUGAUGAAAUUCAACGCUGAUACUUCCAAUUUAGAAGGAGAAGAGAUCGAAUUGACAAUGCACGACGGCACCGUCAGGGAUAUUUGCUUCCUCGAGGACACCAUGAACAAGUCCAGCCUCUUGAUCAGCGGCGGAGCGGGCGACUGUAAAAUCUACGUCACAGACUGCGCCACCGGCACCCCCUUCCAAGCUCUCAGCGGCCACACGGGACAUAUACUCUCGUUAUAUACCUGGGGUGGUGCCAUGUUUGUAAGCGGCUCUCAUGACAAAACGGUACGCUUUUGGGACCUCCGAACCCGAGGUUGCGUCAACAUGGUGACGCCCAUAACUCAGCCGGGUACCCGUCAAGGUUCUCCGGUAGCCAGCCUCUGCGUGGACCCCUCCGGGAGGCUGUUAGUGUCCGGACACGAGGACUCUUCUUGCGUGCUGUACGACAUCAGAGGCGGUCGAAAUGUGCAGUGUUUCAAACCCCACUCGGCCGACAUCAGGUCGAUCCGGUUCUCACCAUCAGCAUACUAUCUUCUGUCAGGCGGAUAUGAUAACAAGUUGGUGUUGACCGACUUGCAAGGCGAUUUAACUUUGCCGUUGCCCAGCGUGGUGGUAGCCCAGCACAGCGACAAGGUGAUUUCCGGACGUUGGCAUCCUUCCGAGUUUUCCUUCCUGUCGACGUCUGCCGAUAAGACGGCCACCCUGUGGGCGUUGCCGCCCAUUUAACCCUUCUUUUUGUAAACCCGUUUAUCCCUAAGUCUGAACUAACCGAUACUCAAGCGCUGCACUAACUUUGCAGCAGUCGAAACAAAAGGCUUUAUUGGCUUCGCUCUAAAUAUAUAUACGUAACGGCCGGUGUGUUUAUUUUUCCGUUUGGCAUUUAUUUUCGGAGCACAAGAUUCUGUUCUCAUCAUCAGCUGAAAUUAUAUUCGGCGUUCGCGGAAAAAUAUAGACAACACCUGACGAAACUAUGUAAUAACUGUAUAUAAAUAAUAUAUUUCUACACUUUUUAAAGCUUUGUAUAAAGUUGUAACUUUAUUAAUAUACAUUACUGCAGUAUUUAUGUUAAAUUAAUGUUUAGAUGAAAGUUUUAAGAUAUGCGUUGUUGUGUUAUUUAAUACCAAGUUAAGGAACGUUUUAAUUGGUAGUUACUUAAAUGUAUUUGUAUUUACUUAUUACAAUAAACC